UGGGAAAUUUUCAAAGCCAGUCGAGAACUUUAUAACGCCAAGAUUCUGUACUGCUCACGUUGAUUUGGAAAAUUGAGUUAAUUUUAAAAUCUUUGAAAAGCAAGUUCUUCUUUUGAAGAAUGAGUACCCAUAGUGUCUAAAAAAGAUAACACUUGGUGGUGACAGCCGUGAGAAAGAUGGUGGCUCUGACUAAAGACGAGGCUGAUGAUCUCCCCGACAAGAAUAUAGCCAAAGAUUUUUAUGCCAAGUAUGAACCUAGAGAGGUUCUUGGAAGGGGAGUUAGCAGUACAGUAAGGCGAUGUAUAGAAAAGGAAUCCGGGAAGGAGUAUGCAGCCAAAAUCAUCGACAUCAGUGGAGAUGCUGAAGAUUUUCAGGGUUUAUCAGUGAGAGAUGCCACUUUGCGAGAGAUUGAGGUUCUAAAGCUAGUUGCAGGUCAUUCGUACAUCA